AAGAAAUUGUACUGUGGAAAGAUGUCCCCAGUCUUUUUUGGCUCUUUAUUCUGUAGUUUCUCGGCAUUGUUAAUGAUGUGCAAAUUAACUGCAGCUGCGAAGAGGCCGCACAUAUUUUUUGUUGUAGCUGAUGAUCUCGGUUGGAAUGAUGUUGGCUGGAACAAUCCGGAAAUGCAAACACCUCAUUUGGAUGAAUUGGCAAGAAACGGGGUGAUUAUGAACCAGUCCUAUGUUCUGCCUAUAUGUACACCGUGAGUACCUAAUCGAGGGCAUCUUUUAUGACUGGUUAUUAUCCAUAUCACAUGGGCAGACAGAAUUGCGUUAUUAUAGUGCUGGAACCAACAGGUAUACCCCUAAAGUUCGCCUUCUUGCCUGAAAAGUUAAAAGAACUCAGAUAUUCUACACAUAUUAUUGGAAAAUGGCAUUUAGGUCACUGCAACAAAUCAUAUACACCAAUGUUUCGAGGAUUUGAUUCUUUUCUAGGCUUUUACUAUGCAGAGUCUGAUUACUAUACGCACACAAUUGAAAAAUCGGUUCAAGUCUGGAAGGAACUUUUAGAUUUUCAUCGAAACAUCUACCCAACUCAUGAGUUUAAAGGCGUAUAUUCAACAGAAGUAAUGAAAAGAGCAGUUACAGAUCUGUUGUCGCAGUCGGAUCCUGAUAUACCACUAUUUUUAUACUUACCGUUUCAAGCAGUACAUUUUCCUUUACAGGUCCCAAAGGAAUAUGAAGAUAAAUACAGUCAUAUAAAGAAUAAAGAAAGAAGAAUUUUCAGUGGUAUGGUCACGGCCAUGGAUGAUGCAAUAGGAAGCUUAGUAGCUGAUAUGAAGAGAUUUGGAUUUUGGGACAAUUUCUUAAUAGUGUUUAUUUCAGAUAAUGGAGCUGAUGUAGUGAAUGGCGGAAGCAAUUACCCUCUUCGAGGAGCAAAGAUGACAUUGUGGGAAGGUGGGACAAGAGUGCCAACAUUUUUAUACGGAGACAUUCUUCAAAAAAGUGGAUACAUCAAUAACAAUUUAAUUCAUGCAGUAGAUUGGUUUCCUACUUUAUUAGCAGCUGCUGGAGGCCAGAAUACAGAUAAAGAUUUAGAUGGAUUGAAUCUAUGGGACAUGAUUAGUCGAGAUGGACCCCCAGUAAGAAAUGAAUUUGUUUAUAACAUUUAUGAUGUGGAAUACAAAAGAGCGGCAAUAAGAGUGGGAGAUUAUAAACUAAUACUUGGCUAUCCAGGAUUACCUUGCGACUGGGUUCAAGUGUCAGAAGAAUCUGAAGGAAUAGAACUUGAAACUACAUGUCCUAAAUCAAAUAUUACAGAACUUGGCGUAUACCUCUACAAUAUAAAGAACGAUCCGUAUGAAACCAAUAAUUUAGUAGCAACUGAAAAAGUUACCUUGCGAAGACUGAAACACAGGUUGGAUCAAAUGGGAAGGUCAAUGGUACCGGCUGACGAUCCCUUCCCAAAUUUUUGGGCUAUGAGAAAAUUAAGCAAAGUCGGAGCUUUAGUCCCUGGAUGGUGCCAAGCAAAGUAACCCAAUCUAGAAAGGAGAAUUCCCUUCGCUAAAAGAGCUUAUACACUUUUCUAUUAUAAAUAU